AAAAAGAGAGAGGUAGAGAAAGUGAGGGGAUACAAGUGCCGAGUUGCUAAUUUGAAUUAAUUAUGAUUUUAAGCUGUGAACCAGUUAUGCUAGGUCUGCUGGAAAGACAAAAUUUUACAUCCCAAAGUGAAAUUCUGACACCAAGAUAAGCUGAAAAUUUCUGUCCAUCGAUACACUGUGGGUUAGGAGGAGGGAUAAAGCAGACAGGGAGCAGUGUGCACGUGCAUGUACACGUGGGGGUGGAGAUACAUGCACGCUGCCAAAGUGAACCAUGUGAUCAUAAGGGGAACCAGAUCCUCCCCAGCCCGACCAGCCAGACCAGGAGAGAGGGGGAGACCCCCCGGACCCAUGCAGCCCGUGCGGGGAGGGACCGCCCACCCAGCCAGGUGCAGAGGAGGCUGCCCGACAGGGGCUCCUCCGGCACCGGGGAGCAUAAGCGACCAAGGGCUUCGCCGUACUGGGCGGCAGCCAUUAGGGUCACUGGGCGCCUGCCACCAGGCACCGGACACCGGGCGCUGGACAUCUAGCGCGGGCCAAUGAUGAAGCCAGGACCUAGAGGGCCCAGGAGCCGUCCACCACCCAGCCGGAGCUUGGUCACCGCAGGCCAGCCGACCCAAGUAGCCCAAAGAUCACGACGCAACCACAGCUCCACCCCUAGUUCCCCCCACACUACACUACCCUCUACAACCCCCCUCACCCAACACCUUCCUCAACCCCUCCUCCCUUUGCCCCCUCCCCCUCUCCCAAUGUCCUCCCCACUCUGCAAAAGGAAGGGUGAGCCCCUCCCAUGCACACCUACACAAACACAUUCUUCUGGCUGCCCCCCACUCCCCUUCGCCACACAGUAACACCCGCUGGCCGGCCGACCCCCCAGCACCGUGCACCCGGCCACUCGCCAGGCUGCCCUGAGAGGCCCAGGACCACGACCAGACGGAUGAAGACCGGCCGCCCCUCCCCGAUCCCACCUAUGUACUGUGGUGUGGGGGGGCAGUGUGUUAAAUGGGAGGUCUCCAGUAUUUACAGGUGUUCAAUUGGGUUCAGAUCAGGAGACAUACUUGAACUUUUAGUCACCUUCAUUCUGCUCUUCAGAAAUGUAGCAGCAGCUUUAGAAGUGUGUAUUGGAUCAUUGCCUUGUAGGAAAAGUACUCGACAACCAAGUGCAUAGAGUGAUGGCAGCAUCUUCUCCUUCAAUAGAGCCGUACAUUGUUGAGUUCAUACCAUCAAUGAAAUGCACCCCCCCCCCCCCCACACACACACACCAGCUGCUCUCAUGCAGCCCACAUCAGAACUCUACCAUGCAUUUGUCCUCACCUUGACAACGCCGUACAGUUUUAAAAGCAUUGGUUCCAAAAACUGUGAUAUUUGUCUCAUCAGUCCAGAAUAUUGAGUAGUCCCAGUGGAUCUCUUUUUCUGUAGUAUUUUGCCUGAUAUGUAAAGCUUUGCUGAUCUUCUUGUAACCCUCACCUUUUUUUGAAAAAAGAAAUGAUGUCCAUUCUCAGAUUUUGUGACCUUUCUUUUCUGUGGGGCGCCAUUGCUGACUAGUCCCUAUGUGCUGGACACCUCCUAAAUGAAUCAUUAGACUCACCUGUGGUUGAAUGUUAAUUACAAUUUUGUAGUAUUAAGUUUGGCUUUUCUACUAAGACCAUGACUGGGGUGUACUAAUUUUUGCAACAUUGGCCUAAAUUAUUAUGUUAGAAAAUCACUUUUUUGUCUGUUCAAAUGAACAGAUCUUGGUUACAUUAAAUGACCGACCUUGUAGAUGUAUUUUGUCGUCUAGUAUUUCUGAAUGUUGAUUCUGAAACAAGAUUGAAGGUUUUCUGACAAAUGUAGUGGGGUGCACUCAUUUAUGAUGAGCACUGUACCAUAUAUAGCUUUUAGUGGUCUCUUUAAUGGAUUAACGUUAUGAAAAAUAUUUUUCUUUGAGGGAAAGAUAAAAAAAAAACUUGCUAAACUCCUAAAAGCUGUUUUAGUGACUUUCCUAAUGUAUACUCAAAUCAAACAAGUCUGAUGUAGAAAAAUUGAAAUCUUGUAUCCUUUCAGUCCAUGCUUUUAGCUAACAUGAAUCUGCACUUUGUAAAUAGGCAGAAGAGUAAAAAAUAAUGAAGAGCUAUUGUCACAGACGUGACUGCAAAGGCCUGCAGAAGACGGACCCAGAUUAUGUUUAAAAUUUUAGUAGAAUGAUUGUGUUACCACUCAGAGCAAGUGGCUGAAACCUUCCUUCUUUGUCAAAUCAGGAAAAGCCUUUGAUGCAUCACUUGUCAGGAGAACUGGCUCCAAGUUGGGACCAGCCCUUGCUGACAUCUCAUGAUCCUCCCCUAUGAAGAGAAAGGACAGAGCCUGGUUUGGCCCUGGAGGCCUUCUGACAACUGUCAAAAAUGUGUAAGAAAACACAAAAGAAAAAAUUGUCUUUUCUAAGUGCCAGCGGAAUAAAUUAAACAUAAAACUGUUAGGAGCACAUUUUCCUAAGUAAAACACCAUUAGUUAUGCUGUACUUCAAGCAGGAUAACAGUAGCCAAGCUGAAGCCUCUGCUAAAGGAUCAGCUAAAGGAUCAGCUGAAGGUCCUGCUGAAGUAUCAGCUGAAAAUCCUGUUGACGGAUCAGCCGAGGGCUCUGCCAAAGGAUCAGCUGAAGGAUCAGCUGAAGGCCCUGUUGAAGGAUCAGCUGAAGGCCCUGUUGAAGGAUCAGCUGAAGGCCCUGUUGAAGGAUCAGCUGAAGGCCCUGUUGAAGGAUCAGCUGAAGGCCCUGUUGAAGGAUCAGCUGAAGGCCCUGUUGAAGGAUCAGCUGAAGGCCCUGUUGAAGGAUCAGCUGAAGGCCCUGUUGAAGGAUCAGCUGAAGGCCCUGUUGACGGAUCAGCUGAAGGCCCUGCUGAAGGAUCAGCUGAAGGCCCUGCUGAAGGAUCAGCUGAAGGCCCUGCUGAAGGAUCAGCCGAGGGCUCUGCUAAAUGAUCAGUUGAAGGCUAUGCUUGCCCUCUCCCUGUUUCCCCUCCACAGGUGUUCAGAAUAAGGCAGGGCAUUCUGACACACCUGCAACUCAUCACCCCAACAGCAGUGAGGACCAGCUUUUCUCUGCCAGUCCGUCUGUUCACCUCAAGUGCUAUGGAGCCCACAUUGGAGUUUGCUUCCCUGGCCGUCUACUCAUAUCCUAAAAGGAUCAUUUUGUUGCCCUUUUUUAGUCUGCUCUGACCUGGAACUGUUCAGCCUGUUCUGACCUCGCUCCACCUGGACUCCUUUUGGCCUCUGACCUGCCGGGGGGAUCAGCUGAAGACCAUGCUGGGCGAGAGCCAACCUAAAGCACACCAAGAAGAAGACCAAAGAGAUGGAGAGAAGUGAAGCUACUCAUGCUUCUUAUGCUACAGAUGCUCAUUGAGUCAUACUGUGGAUUCACUUAGCUCCAUAAUCUUCAUAAACAAAGCACUCUUUCUUCUGCAAACAGAUCUUCCCUCCCUCUGGUCCUUGUCCUCAUCUUUGUCACGUUUGUUGAGCAAGAGUCGAUCCUGAAGCUCACUACUUCUUGUAAGGGAACAGCUGAAACCUGCUUCUGAGCUCCUCUGUGCAGCAGGGUGUGACGAUCAAGACCAGCCAAAAUGUCUGAGGGAAAGAAAAUGACCUCCAGCCGCAGGCAUCAUCUGAAGAGCUUGAUGCUGCAGAUCGCUGCAGGCUGGCUGGAGCAGGAGAAGAAGGAUGCUAUUGUAGCAAAGGAGGCCUACAUAGCUGAGAACUGCCCUGCACCCGACCUCAGCGGAGACACGGCUGCCCUCAUGGAGAUCUGCAAGAAGCUCCACCACGCCAUUGACAAGAUCGAUGAGGAAAGGUACGACACAGCAGCCAAGGUGGAGAAGGUGGAUAAAGAGAUCCAGGAUCUGAAGCUGAAGGUGAUCGAGCUGGCCGGAGUGAAGAAGCCCGCCCUGAAGAAGGUGCGCAUGUCAGCUGACGCCAUGCUGAAGGCCCUGCUGGGCUCCAAACACACGGUCAACAUGGAUCUGAGAGCCAACCUCAAGCAGGUCAAGAAGGAGACCAAAGAGGAGUCCACAGAGGCAGUCGGCGACUGGCGCAAGAACAUUGAAGACAAGGCUGACAGAAAGAAGAUGUUCGAGUCCUCCUAAACCCUGAGUGAAGUACUGAGGACAAAGGCAGGAGAAAUGUUUCUACCUGAGGUCUGAGUGACUGAAAGCCUGUGUCUGUCUCACAGACAAAUGGGUCAGGAGUCGCAGUGCCACUCUCUGAUUUUGGCUGUUUUCGUGACGCAGUCACCCGAGAGACAUUGAACCCAAAAACAGAAGCAUCAUGUUGCAUGCUGCAAAAACCUGUGCUAAAGAAGCAUCACGCUAUGUACAUUUCAACAUGCAAACAAUAGAAAUAAAACAAUUGAUUUGGGGAUGAA